ACUUAUUAACUCUCUUUUCAAGUGAAGGAUUGCAUAUGCAAGAGUGCGCAUUGUAGGAGCAUCUACCACGAUGCAUGCAGUGACGUUUCUGCUUCUUGCAAUUCCCUUGGUAGAGGGUUUUAUAAAACCCAUCGGCAAUGAGCUAAUGUCCAGAAGCACGGUGAAAAAUAAUUGCACCUGUCCACUAUCCAAAUCAGUGCUUUCGAUAUGUCCUGGGCAUUGCGAGGAUGGUUGGGCUUACUACAGUCGAAAGGAUGCUUGCUAUAAGGCAUAUCACAUGGGAAACUUUGACGAUGCUGAAGGUAUCUGUGAGAUGAAAGGAGGGCAUUUGGCUUCCAUUCAUAGCUUUGCUGAAAAUGAAUUUGUAACUGAGUUGGCAAAGUCGGGUGUUGCGGCGGACAACAUUUGGAAAGGAACUUGGAUAGGCCUCAGACAAGCAAAGCACCCACUCAGUAAGGAGUGGACCUGGACUGACGGCACAGAAGUCGAUUAUACACCAUGGUCCAAAAAUCAGCCGGACGAUUACGGAGGAGCAGAGCAUUGCGCACAUCUUUUCUGUGAUGCAAUGGUCAACACAAAUUACGAAUAUCGAAAAUGGAAUGACGCGCCUUGCUCUCUCAAAAUGAGGACAUUCGUGUGCAAGAAGGAAGCGAUGCACUAGUGCGCAUGUACAUGUAUUUGAUUGUUGUGUGUGACAGGUUUUAUAAUAAAUGCAAUCACCUCUGC